UAAUCUAGUGGACGGAAAGCUUCUUCAACAACUGCAGCCACCUCGGUAGCUCGCUAGACAACAAAGUCGGAACAUUCAAGCUCUUUAGACAAUUUACUGGUUUAUUUGCCACUAUGAUUUAAACAUACUUAUGUGUAAACAACUAGAUACCCCAUUUAAUUUCGUAUUGACGUUGUUGCUGUUAGCUGUUUGGUUAAGUUAACACUAGUCUAGUUGCUAAUGCUAAUGAGCUAACAUCCCCGACCAUGAGUUUACUAAGCAACACUGGGAAUUGCUUGACGGAGAAAGGAAAUCUCAUGGAAGAGGAGAUUGUUACCGUCAAGAAAGAAGUAGAAGGUGAGGCUGUUACAGUGACAGAAGAAGGGGAAGAGGCUUUCAGCGUGAAAGAGGAGGAGGAUGUUACAGUGAAGGAAGAGGAAGAUACAGUUUUUGCAAUGAAGGAGGAGGAUGGGGAGAUGACGGUCACAGUGAAAGAGGAGGAAGACGUUUUUGGAGUGAAGGAGGAAGAGGGGGAGAUUACUGUCACAUUGGAGGAGGACGAGGACGAAGAAGAAGAACAGAAGACUGGAGAUCUGAUUAACACCAGUAAAUACAGAAAGAGACCAGCCUAUCACUCUGACAGACGGAAGAGGCCUUCAGGGGAACCAGACCCAGAGACUCCCAAACCAGCGAGACGACAUCACUGCUCCCUGUGUAAUAUGAGUUUUAAGUGGUCAUGGAAGCUGAAAGAGCAUAAAAGGACACACGUAGGAGAAAAGCCAUUCCAAUGCUCCCAGUGUGGAAAGAGUUUUACUUUGUUAGGGAGCCUGAACAAACAUAAGAGAAUACACACAGGAGAAAAGCCUUAUCACUGCUCCCAAUGUGGAAAUAGUUUUAUGUGGUUAGGGAGCCUGAACAAACAUAAGAGAAUACACUCGGGAGAGAAGCCUUUCUCCUGUUCCCAUUGUGGAAAGAAUUUUAGGUUGUUAGAUACCCUGAAGGAGCACGAGAGGACACACACAGGGGAAAAACCUUACCAUUGCUCCCAGUGUGGAAAUAGUUUUUCCCAGUUAGGGAACCUAAACAAACACAAAAAAAUACACUCGGGAGAGAAACCAUACCCCUGUUCCCAUUGUGGAAAGAAUUUUAGGUUGUUAGAUAAUCUGAAGGAGCAUGAGAGGACACACACAGGGGAGAAACCUUACCAAUGCUCCCAGUGUGGAAAGGAUUUUUCCCAGUUAGGGAACCUAAAAAAACAUGAGAUAAUCCACUCUAGAGAUAAGCCUUACCACUGCGCCCAUUGUGAAAAGAGAUUUACCCAGUUAGGGAGCCUGAACAAACAUAAGAGAAUACACUCUGGAGAGAAGCCUUACCCCUGUUCCCAUUGUGGAAAGAAUUUUAGGUUGUUAGAUAAUCUGAAGGAGCAUGAGAGGACACACACCGGGGAGAAACCUUACCAUUGCGCCCAGUGUGGAAAGGAUUUUACCAAGUUAGGGAACCUAAAAGAGCAUGAGAGGACACACACAGGGGAGAAGCCUUAUCACUGCUCCCAUUGUGGAAAGAGUUUUAUCCAGCUAGGGAACCUGAAUAAACACAAGAGAAUACACUCUGGAGAGAAGCCUUACCCCUGUUCCCAGUGUGGAAAGGGUUUUACCCAGUUGGGGAACUUAAACAAACAUAAGAGAAUACACUCUGCAGAGGAGCCUUAACAUUGUUCCAAGUUAGGGAACCUGAAAAGGCAUGAGAACAUAAACACAGUUUGGAUAGAGUUUUAGUUCGGGAACCUGAUUGUGGAAAGACAUUUUCCCGGACAGAGAAUCUGAAAUCACAUGAGAGCAUAGACAAGGACAGAGAAUCUGAAAUCACAUGAGAGCAUAGACAAGGACAGAGAAUCUGAAAUCACAUGAGAGCAUAGACAAGGACAGAGAAUCUGAAAUCACAUGAGAGCAUAGACAAGGCUAGUGUUCUGACCUAUGUUUUUGAGUGUUGUUUUUUGAGUCCUACUUUAGUUUUUUCCUCUUGAGACAUGAUUACAACUAAAGUUACAAUUUUUAAAAUGUGUAUUUUAUUUUGAUUUUGAUUUUGGAUUGAUUGAAUAGAAAUAUGAAUCCUCAGAUGUUAAUGAUAUGAUUUGGAAAGUUGUCAAAUGAGACUGCAAUACCGCCAUCUGUUGGAUGAUAAUGGGACUGCAAUACUGCCAUCUGUUGGAUGAUAAUGGGACUGCAAUACUGCCAUCUGUUGGAUGAUAAUGGGACUGCAAUACUGCCAUCUGUUGGAUGAUAAUGGGACUGCAAUACUGCCAUCUGUUGGAUGAUAAUGGGACUGCAAUACUGCCAUCUGUUGGAUGAUAAUGGGACUGCAAUACUGCCAUCUGUUGGAUGAUAAUGGGACUGCAAUACUGCCAUCUGUUGGAUGAUAAUGAGAGUUAAACCUGUAAACAUACCAUAUUCUAAACAUUGGGUUUUAGGCUGGGUUUCUGUACAGCACUUUGAGAUAUCAGCUGAUGUAAGAAGGGCUAUAUAAAUAAAUACAUUUUAUUUGAUUUGGUUCUUUCCACAUUAUGGAUAUUAGGCCAUAUCAACGUUGUCGGUCCUACAUUUAGGUGUUCCCGUAUUAUAGUCUAUUCAAUAUGGAUAUUAGGCAAAAGCACUGUUUUUGUGUUUAAGGCUGAAGAAAGAGGUAGUUCCUUAUUCAAUUCACUCUUCAGUAAAUUUAGGAUUUUAAUUUCCUGAUCAGCAUUUUGUGUGCCGGAGAACCUGUUUUUGAAAAUGGAAACGGUUGCUUUCGUUUGUAUUUCUUAAUUCUAAACCUUCAUGAAUUUAGUAUUUUGGUUUCAUUGAGUUCAUUUGUGCACCGGGGCUCUAUUCAGUCUGUACAGCUGAAGUGUUACAUUGAGUUCAUUUGUGCACCGGGGCUCUAUUCAGUCUGUACAGCUGAAGUGUUUCAUUGAGUUCAUGUGUGCACCGGGGCUCUAUUCAGUCUGUACAGCUGAAGUGUUUCAUUGAGUUCAUGUGUGCACCGGGGCUCUAUUCAGUCUGUACAGCUGAAGUGUUACAUUGAGUUCAUUUGUGCACCGGGGCUCUAUUCAGUCUGUACAGCUGAAGUGUUACAUUGAGUUCAUUUGUGCACCGGGGCUCUAUUCAGUCUGUACAGCUGAAGUGUUUCAUUGAGUUCAUUUGUGCACCGGGGCUCUAUUCAGUCUGUACAGCUGAAGUGUUACAUUGAGUUCAUUUGUGCACCGGGGCUCUAUUCAGUCUGUACAGCUGAAGUGUUACAUUGAGUUCAUUUGUGCACCGGGGCACUAUUCAGUCUGUACAGCUGAAGUGUUACAGGUUCCGCUAUGAAAAAUCUAAAAGGUCAUUUCGGAUUUAGCCGACACACGUGCAGAGGUCAGGGUUCAGGGUUUACCUUGAAUGCAUUGCCUUUACAUUUCAAUCACGCUGUAAAGAUGAACUUGGGCGUAGUGGAUUCAAUAGAGCCCUUAGUCUUCAAGCUAAAGUUGUAUGAAAAUGUGAUAACAUAGUUCUGAUAACGAUGAUAAAUUGCUGACAAAAAAACAUUUCCUAGCUACUUCAUGAAUGUUUCCCAUCGGUAUUAUUAAAACAUUUCCCAGCUACUUCAUGAGUGUUUCCCAUUGGUAUUAUUAAAACAUUUCCUAGCUACUUCAUGAAUGUUCCCAUUGGUAUUAUUAAAACAUUUCCUAGCUACUUCAUCAAUGUUCCCAUCAGUAAUAUUAAAACAUUUCCCUGCUACUUCAUGAAUGUUCCCAUCGGUAAUAUUAAAACAUUUCCUAGCUACUUCAUGAAUGUUCCCAUCGAUAUUAUUAAAACAUUUCCCAGCUACUUCAUGAAUGUUCCCAUCGGUAUUAUUAAAACAUUUCCUAGCUACUUCAUGAAUAUUUCCCAUCGAUAUUAUUAAAACAUUUCCUAGCUACUUCAUGAAUGUUCCCAUCGAUAUUAUUAAAACAUUUCCUAGCUACUUCAUGAAUGUUCCCAUCAGUGUUAUUCUGCCGGAAAAGUCGGGAAAAAAACACAGAUGCUGAUUUGUAAUAAUAAUUUGAUUAAUGCAACAUUUUUGUAUCUGAAUAAAGAUUAAAUAAAUAGUUUUGAACUAUGUUA